AUGGCAUAUUGUUGGAAAACAGAUCUAAAUACCAAUGAAUCACAUCAAGAGCAGAAUGAGCACCAAGAAUUUCAAUCUGUAAAUCAGUUCCUUUUCCCUAGUCCAGUCAGUCUGGGUUUUGAUCAGCUAGUAGAUGAGAUCAGUAAUAACAUUCUGCUCUAUCAGAGUGAAGUUGAAGAAAACACUGUUUUUGUACCCAGUGCACCAAGUGGGGACUCACGAACACAUUCGUUAGAUGAAACACACCAAAUAUCCUUGAAUGAAUUAACUUCUAAAAGCUCAGAACUCUCCUGUCACCAAGUUAGGAAAACACCAGUAAUUGGCUUUAGGAGCUCUGUGCUACCAAAUCCUGAAAACAUGAACAAAGGAAGCUCUUGGGGAAACCCCAUAGGAAAAUAUCAUGGUGUUGAUGAUUACAGAUUCAAUAUUUUAGCUUCAUCAUCCACUAGUUUGGAUAAAAUUAAUUCACAGAGAGAAUUAGAAAAUGAAAAUCAUAACUACCACAUAGGAUUUGAAAGUAGCAUCCCUUCUACAUAUCCAUCCUUUUCAACUGACUUCAUGCCAAAAGAAGAGAAUAAAAGAUGUAGGAAUAUGGACAUUGUGGAACAUUCUCUGAUGCCUUUUGAAGGUUCUUCUUUACCCAGGACCUGGGAAAAUACAUGGCUAAAGAAUAGAGAGCUGACAGGUUUUUCUCUUCAGCUAGUUGAAGUACCUCAAGGCAGUAAUAAGACUCUGGCCUCCUUCUGCGACAAAGUAAAAACAAUAAGAGAGACAUAUCAUGCAGCUGACAUUAAUUCCAAUUCAGGGAAGAUCUGGAGCACUACUACAGCAUUUCCCUAUCAGCUCUUUUCUAAUACUAAGUUUAACAUAAAUAUUUGUAUUGAUAACUCAACGCAACUACUUCAUUUUAUGCCAUAUGCUAAUUAUCUUGUCAAAGACCUAAUUGCAGAGAUUCUACAUUUUUGUACAAAUGACCAGUUAUUCCCCAAAGAUCAUCUUCUAAGUAUAUGUGGCUAUGAAGAAUUUUUGCAGAAGCAAGAUGUGGUAAAGUUGAAAAAUGGAGUUCAUUCUGAGUCUGCCAGCCAAUCUGGCAAGCUGUCAAGUCUCAUACUGCCAUGGCAUCCACAGCCUAAAUGUAAAGAAACUGUGCAUCAUGAAGAUGACCACAGUCAGUUUUAUCUGAACCCACUUCUAGAAUUCAUGCAUAUUUGGAAAGUAUCCAGACAGUGCCUCUCAACAGUAAUCAAAAAAUAUGACUUCCACCUGAAAUCCCUAUUGAAAACCCAGCAAAAUGUAGAUAAUAUUAUUGAAGAAGUAAAAAAUAUAUGCAGUGUUCUGGGGUGUGUGGAGACCAAACAAAUUACAGAUGCUGUAAAUGAACUACGUCUAAUUCUUCAGAGAAAAACAGAGAAUUUUCAUCAAAAUUCAGAGACUUCAGCAAAAGGCUUGAUAGAGAAAGUGACAACUGAACUAUCCAGGUCCAUCUACCAGCUUAUCAAUGCCUAUUGCUGCAGCUUUUAUGCAGAUUUCCAGCCUCUAAAUGUACCUGAUGACAUUUCCUAUGUAAAUCCUGGGCUCCAUUCCCACCUUAGCUUCACAGUGUAUGCAGUUCACAACAUUCCAGAGACUUGGGUGCACAGCUAUAAAGCAUUUUCUUUUUCCUGUUGGCUUACAUAUGCUGGAAAGAAGUUGUGCCAAGUGAGAAGCUACAGAAAUAUUCCAGUCAAAAAAUUGUUUUUUCUCUUGGUCAACUGGAAUGAAAUGAUCAAUUUUCCUCUUGAAAUAAAGUCACUUCCAAGGGAAUCCAUGCUCACUAUAAGAUUGUUUGGGAUUGUCUAUGCAACCAAUAAUGCCAAUUUAUUGGCUUGGACUUGUCUUCCAGUGUUUCCAAAAGACAAAUCCAUUCUGGGGUCUAUGCUAUUCAGUAUGACAUUACAGAAUGAACCUCCCAUAGAAAUGAUAGCUCCAGGAGUGUGGGAUAUAAGCCAGCCAUCUCCAGUGAUCCUGCAGAUUGAUUUUCCAGCUACUGAGUGGGAGUAUAUGAAACUUGAUUCUGAAGAGAAUAGAAAUAACCUUGAAGAACCACCAAAAGAGUGUUUAAAACAUAUUGCCAGACUUUCACAGAAACAAUCUCCCUUACUACUCUCUGAGGAAAAGAGAAGAUACUUAUGGUUUUAUCGCUUCUACUGCAAUAAUGAAAACUGCUCCCUUCCUUUGGUCCUGGGUAGUGCCCCUGGAUGGGAUGAAAAAACUGUUUCAGAAAUACAUACCAUUUUGAGAAGAUGGAAAUUUUCUUGCCCUUUGGAGGCACUUGGACUUCUGACUGCUAGUUUUCCAGAUCAAGAAAUUCGUAAAGUGGCAGUUCAACAAUUAGACAACCUCUUGAAUGAUGAACUACUGGAAUAUCUCCCACAGCUAGUUCAGGCUGUCAAGUUUGAAUGGAACCUUGAAAGUCCUCUGGUACAACUCCUAUUGCACCGUUCAUUGCAAAGCAUCCAGAUUGCCCAUCGUCUUUACUGGCUGCUAAAGGAUGCACAGAAUGAAACUUAUUUUAAAAGCUGGUAUCAGAAGCUGUUGGCUGCUCUCCAAUUUUGUUCAGGAAAAGCCUUGAGUGAUGAGUUUUCCAAGGAGAAGAAACUUAUUAAAAUUCUGGGAGACAUCGGGGAAAAAGUCAAGUCUGCCAGUGACCCUCAAAGACAGGAGGUACUAAAGAAAGAGAUUGGCAGACUAGAAGAAUUCUUUCAGUGUAUAAAGACCUGUCACCUUCCUCUGAACCCUGCCCUGUGUAUAAAGGGUAUUGAUCGUGAUGCAUGUUCAUAUUUCACAUCUCACGCUUUGCCAUUGAAGAUUACUUUCAUCAAUGCUAACCCAAUGGGCAAAAACAUCGGCGUCAUUUUUAAGGCCGGAGAUGAUCUUCGUCAGGAUAUGCUUGUUCUGCAGAUUAUUCAAGUGAUGGACAAUAUUUGGCUGCAGGAGGGCUUGGAUAUGCAAAUGAUCAUUUAUAGAUGUUUAUCCACAGGAAAAGGUCAAGGGUUGGUGCAGAUGGUACCUGAUGCCAUAACCCUAGCAAAGAUCCAUCGCCAUUCUGGACUGAUAGGACCAUUGAAAGAAAACACAAUCAAAAAGUGGUUCAGUCAGCACAACCAUUUAAAGGCAGAUUAUGAAAAGGCCUUGAGGAACUUUUUCUAUUCCUGUGCUGGCUGGUGUGUGGUAACGUUCAUCCUGGGAGUCUGUGACCGACAUAACGACAAUAUCAUGCUGACAAAGUCAGGCCACAUGUUUCAUAUUGACUUUGGAAAAUUCCUAGGUCAUGCACAAACAUUUGGAGGGAUAAAAAGGGACCGAGCGCCUUUUAUUUUUACUUCAGAGAUGGAGUACUUUAUUACAGAGGGUGGGAAAAACCCACAGCAUUUCCAAGAUUUUGUGGAGCUUUGCUGUCAAGCUUAUAAUAUUGUCAGAAGGCACAGUCGGCUGCUCUUGAACCUGUUAGAAAUGAUGAUACAUGCAGGAUUGCCUGAGCUGGGUGGAAUCCAAGACCUGAAAUAUGUGUAUAAUAAUCUUCGUCCACAAGACACAGACCUGGAAGCAACAAGUCAUUUUACCAAGAAAAUAAAGGAAAGUCUGGAGUGCUUCCCUGUUAAGUUAAAUAACUUGAUCCAUACGCUUGCACAAAUGACAGCCAUAAGUCCUGCUAAAUCUACUUCACAGACUUUUCCCCAUGAAUCCUGUAUGCUGAACGCAACCAGGUCAAUUCAAAGAGCGACAAUUUUAGGGUUCAGCAAGAAAACUAGUAAUCUGUAUCUAAUCCGAGUGACACACAGUAACAAUGAAACAAGCCUGACAGAAAAAUCAUUUGACCAGUUUUCAAAACUUCACAGCCAACUUCAAAAGCAGUUUGCAUCAUUGACUCUCCCAGAAUUUCCUCAUUGGUGGCACUUACCUUUUACAAAUUCAGACCACAAAAGAUUCAAAGACCUAAAUCAUUACAUGGAACAGAUAUUAAAUGGAUCAUAUGAAGUUGCAAAUAGUGGUUGUGUGAUUAGUUUUUUCCUCUCUGAGCCAGUUCAACAAACAAUUGAAGAAUCAUCGCUCAUGGACCUAGGUGAGAAGUUUCCUGACAAGACGCCUAAGGUGCAGUUAGUGAUAUCACAUGAGGAUGCGAAGCUGACCAUCCUGGUGAAACACAUGAAAAACAUUCAUCUCCCAGAUGGCUCUGUGCCCAGUGCACAUGUUGAAUUUUAUCUUUUACCAUACCCCAGUGAAGUUCGUAGGAGGAAAACAAAAUCUGUUCCAAAAUGUACCGACCCCACUUAUAAUGAAAUUGUGGUGUAUGAUGAAGUCACAGAGCUCCGAGGACAUGUCUUAAUGCUUAUUGUGAAGAGCAAAACCAUAUUUGUGGGAGCAAUUAACAUCCAACUUUAUAGUGUCCCUCUCAAUGAAGAAAAAUGGUAUCCACUAGGAAACUGUAUAAUUUGA